AUGGCAGGAAACGGUGAAGCUCCGAAUGACAUAGAGAGCCAGCAAGCACAGCACAUUCCAUUGAUAACUUCAAUGAGACAAGAGUUGGAGGAUUUGCCUAUUCUGUCUCCUUUGUGUUGUAUCUACAAAGUUCCUGAGCGGCUACGGCGUGCAAGUGAAAAGGCAUACACACCUCAGGUUGUUUCUAUAGGUCCACUUCACCAUGGGAAGGAUAGCCUCCAAGCAAUGGAAGUGCACAAAAGGAGGUACCUGCAAGCUUUUAUAGUUCGGACCAAGGCCAGCUUGGAGGAAUAUGUAGUAAAAAUGAAGAACCAAGAAGAAAAACUGCGCAAUUGUUACGCUGAAACUAUUGACUUUACAAGUGAUGAGUUUGUGAAAAUCAUUUUAGUGGAUGCAGCGUUCAUCAUUGAGGUAUUACUGAGGUACUGUAUCCAUGAGUUGCAGGAUGAGAAUGAUCGCAUAUUUAAUAAACCAUGGAUGUUACAGGAUGUAUGGCCUGACAUGCGGUUGCUUGAAAAUCAGCUGCCAUUUUUCAUUCUUGAGGAACUUUAUGCUAGAGUCUCUUCUAAUGUUACUGAGGGGAAAUCAUUAAUUGAUCUUUCUCACAAUUUCUUCACAAGUCUGAUGCAUAUAGAGGGUACGGAAGGCAAUUUACAGACCAUACACUCCUCUCGUGUACAUCAUUUUGUUGAUUUCUGUAGACACUUAUAUCUACCGCCCCAACCAGAAUGGCCAGCUAAAGGAAAACUCGAAACUCUAACCACACCCAGCAUGACAGAUCUACACCGGGCUGGAGUCAAGUUUAAGGUGAGAUCAAGCAAAAAUUUAUUUGACAUACGAUUUCAAGGUGGGAUGCUUGAAAUUCCAAAAUUAGCAAUAAGUGAUGAAAUAGAGCUUACAAUCAGAAAUAUCCUUGCCUUUGAACAAUGCCAUAGCCUUGAGAAUAUCAUAAAUGAUUAUGUUGUUGUCAUGGAUCGCCUUGUGAACACCCCAAAGGAUGUGGAGUUGCUUGUCAAGUACGGAAUUGUUGAAAAUAGGCUAGGUGAUAGCUCUGGAGGGUCUGCUUUGAUUAACAAUCUUGCUGACGGGGUCAUCGUUGACUCCAAAGACUUCUGUUAUGCUACUCUUUGUAAAGACCUGAACAAUUACUGCAGUUGGACAUGGCACAAAUGGAAGGCGAAUUUGAGACAAAAUUAUUUCAACACCCCUUGGGCAAUUAUAUCUUUCACUGCAGCUGUUAUUCUUCUCAUACUUACUCUCAUACAAGCAGUGACCUCUGUUUUCUCUGCUGUGAAAGGUAAGUCUACAUAG